AUGUGGAUUAUUCCCCAAGGCAGAUCCUUCAUUUCUCAUCUUCUCACGCUGUCUUCUUCCAUCACCUCUCUCAACCAAACAGUCACUCUGGACCAAGCCUGCAUGUCUGAAUUGCGCUUCUGGCUCCUCCUACUCUCCCACUGGAAUGGCAUUUCUCUCUUUCGCCUUCCCGAAGCGUCGGAUCACCCCAACUUUUUUCUCUUCACUGACGCUGCCCCCUCCUUUGGAUAUGGAGGCUAUUGUGGCACCCAUUGGUUUUUCUCUCCCUGGCCUCAGGAGCUCAUCGAACAGUCGGCUACAGACGGCGACUCCUCUGCCCUGCGGGAGUUAUAUCCCGUCGUCGCAGCCGCCGUGCUUUGGGAAAUUCAGGACCUUGGCACCACAUAUGGACUCUCAGCCCACUCCGACUCCACCUUAUUCCGAUACCAUCUUCCCGCUCUAGCCACAUCCAGCAUGAACCAACUCACCACCGCUUCUCAAGAUCUCAUCAUUGACUCCGUAUCCCCCAACACCUUGUCCACCUACUGGACCGGUUGGCAGUGUUUUAAACGUUUCCACCACAUCCAAAACCUUCCUUUUCCUUCUUUAGACCUUCACACUCUGUCCUCCUUUCUCACUUUCUCAAGCAUUCAUCUUUCGAUCUGCUCCUCCACUUUAAAAGUCUAUCUGUCUGCUAUCAACUUCUUUCUUAUUCUGCUAUUAGGAUCUCCUCAUCCCUUUUCCAAUCACCACCAAAUAUCCCUACUUAUCAGAGGAAUCAGAAGACGAGAGCCGCGUUCGCCCAAUCGGCGCCUCCCCAUCACUUCCCAUAUACUGCAUUACUGUCUUUUUACGCUCCGCCACGGUUACGCUGCUCCCUCCAUCUACGCUACACUUGAAUCUAUGUUUCUCCUCGCCUUCUUCGGCUUUCUCCGCUGCUCGGAAUUCACAACUUCCACUACCUCCCAUAAUCCUGCUUUUCACCCCUGUCUUUCUGAUUUAUCUAGUUUGGACGAAAGAACACUGACCUUCAGAAUCAAACGCAGUAAAACUGACCAGCUCGGCAUUUCUGCCCCUAUCUAUCUUUUCAAACUCACUUCUCCUCUCAGCCCCUAUGAGCCCAUCACUGCGUACCUCAGCCACCGUCUCACUCACCAAGCUUCUCCAGACAACCCUCUUUUCGUCACAGAAUCCGGAUCACCUGCCACUCGCCACUGGUUUCAUUUUCAUCUUAAGCAGAUUCUCUCACUCAGCGGUUUUAACCCUUCCUUCUUUUCAGCCCACUCUUUCAGAAUCGGCGCCGCAUCCACAGCAUCUCACCACGGUUUACCUGAUCACACAGUAAAAAUCCUCGGUCGCUGGACCUCCCAAGCUUACCAUGGAUACAUCAGAACCCACGCAAGCGACCUUUUAGCUGCUCACGAGCGCCUGGCUUCCCUUAAUGUCUAAUUUUGGGGCUUCAGCUUCUCGCGUCCUUGUGUAGCUGCCCCGAACUCUAGCCCAAAAUAUCCAC